AUGAGCAGAGCAUUAGUACCUGGCAGGCAUAUCUCAUGGUCUCGCGCCGCACAGUCUCACAGGGCACAGUCUCGAUGCCUCCCGCAACAGCGAAGAGGCUUUGCUGACGUCGCUGAAGGCCUCCGGCCAUACGAUGUCGUCGUUAUUGGUGGGGGCCAUGCUGGUUCCGAGGCAUGCGCUGGCGCUGCGCGGUCGGGCGCGAGGACGGCACUCAUCACUCCGAAGCUUGAUAACAUAGGGGUAUGCUCUUGCAACCCGAGUUUCGGUGGCAUAGGGAAGGGAACUAUGCUGAGGGAGGUUGAUGCGCUUGAUGGUGUUGCGGGGAGAAUCAUCGACAAGGCUGGUGUUCAAUUUAAGGUUUUGAAUAAGAAGAAAGGUCCUGCCGUCUGGGGUCCCCGGGCACAAAUUGAUAGGUCUCUUUACAAGCAGUUUAUGAGGGAGGAAUUAGAGAGCUAUCCCAAUUUGUCAAUUGUGCCGGGUAGUGUGGCGGAUAUCAUUGUUACACCAGAUAAUGAUAGCCCUGCUAAUAAGGGGAAGAUCACUGGCGUACGUCUGGAAUCGGGCGAGAUAAUACCAACUAACCAAGUUGUGAUAACUACUGGAACAUUUCUCGGUGGUGAAAUUCAUAUUGGCCUUGAGUGUUAUCCCGCCGGACGUAUGGGGGAGGCUGCUACCUUUGGUUUAAGUAAAUCCUUGAAAGAUGCUGGCUUUCAACUUGGUAGAUUGAAGACCGGUACCCCCCCUCGUCUAGCCAAAAAUAGCAUUGACUUCACAUCACUUGAGGCUCAACACGGUGAUGAUCCGCCUACACCUUUCAGCUAUCUCAAUGAUACAGUGGCCGUCAAAGAUCAACUACUUUGCUAUGCUACCUACACCAAUGCGGCUUCGCAUGACGUGGUCCGCGCCAACCUCGAUAAAUCCAUCCACAUCCGAGAAACUGUCAAAGGACCCAGAUACUGCCCGUCGCUAGAAUCCAAAAUCAUCAGGUUCUCCGAUAAGGAAAGGCAUAUCAUCUGGCUUGAGCCCGAAGGCUUCGACAGCAAUGUCAUCUACCCCAAUGGAAUCUCCAUGACUAUCCCAGCCGAUGCACAGGAGCAGUUAUUAAGGACAGUCAAAGGUCUUGAAAAUGUCACUAUGCUGCAGGCUGGUUAUGGGGUAGAGUACGACUAUGUCGACCCUCGGAGUCUAAAAGCAAGCUUGGAGACAAAGGCAAUUCGCGGGUUGUUCUUAGCAGGCCAGAUAAAUGGCACUACUGGGUAUGAGGAAGCCGCGGCCCAGGGCAUCAUUGCUGGAAUCAAUGCAGGAUUGGCAUCACGCUCGCAGCCUCCAAUGGUGCUGUCUCGCAGCGAUGGAUACAUUGGAAUUAUGAUAGAUGAUUUGAUCACCAAAGGUGUAUCGGAGCCAUAUCGCAUGUUCACGUCACGGAGCGAGUACAGAAUGAGUGCCAGAGCAGACAAUGCCGAUCUGCGGCUGACUGCGAAGGGGAGAGAGGCUGGUGUCGUUGGAGAUAGACGGUGGUCCAACUUCCAAGACCAAGUCUCCCAAAUGGACGGCCUCAAAGCUGUCCUACAAGCAAAAUAUAUAUCUCCGCCUAAUUGGAUCAAGCAUGGGUUCAAAGUCGGUAGCGAUGCAACACGGCGAACAGCCUUUGAAGUUCUGCGGAUCGCUGGCGCCACUGUUCCAGAUAUGGAAAGAGUUAUUCCAGAAGUCUCGCAGUACUCGCCCAAUAUUCAAAAUCGAGUUGGGAUCGAGGCAGUGUACGCACCGUACAUUGCUCAGCAGACAGCAUCUAUGAGAUCAUUUCAGAAAGAUGAGAAUCUGAAAUUACCAGUAGACUUGGAGUAUGACCAAGUGCAUGGGCUUUCGAUGCAUGAGAAGUCAGUUCUCCAAGCUACCAGACCGGAAUCUGUUGGGCAGGCGCGGCGCAUCGAAGGCAUGACACCUUCUGGACUUGUCAAACUGUUGGCGUAUAGUCAGAUGAGAAAUCGAGGGUUAAAAUUAGCGGUGUCGAGUAGAGAAGGGGCCCUACUCGAGCAUGGUGGCUACCCCUGA